UCCGAUAAUCAAGUUAAUUGUAAUUUACAAAAUGCACUCAUUUUGUUCCGAUCAACCUAAUAAUAUAAUUUUUUAUUCAAUGUUUUGAUUGCGAUGUGAAUUUAGACCAAUAGAUGUCAGAAGUUUCAUGUUCAUGGAUGAAAAUUCAUGUUUAUGGGAGAAAUGUUGAUCAUGGUAAAUGAAAGAAUCGUAGAAUUUAAGAAGAGAUAGAUUUUUUCUUCAGAACAAAAAUCAGUAGUAGAAAAGUUAAGAAGGAAAAUAUACGAAAAAGGAAAAUCGAAAUUCGAGAUUCGAAAACUUUGUCAUUUCGCCAAUGUAUCAAUCAUAUACACUGUAAAUAUAUGAGCUUUAACUGGAAGUAAAGAAUUAAUAUAUGUUCGAAGUAAAGAGUUGAUUAAACUGUGUACUAUUCGGUUGAGAAGCGAAAAAAUUUCAUCAAAAAUACGAACCAAAAUCAAUCGAUGUGCUAAGAAAGUGCGUUACGAUUGGUCAGCGUGUGUGUGUACUCAUGUUCAUGUGUCAAUAAACUAUGUUGCCAGUUGCGAACAUGGAUAAUUUAAAGUUCACUGUAUUUUCAUUAAUUGGAUCAACUUUAUUGUUAAUUGUUAACUGUUCAUCAUUGGAACAACAACCAAAUCGCAAUCAUGGCAAUUGGAUAUCAAAUUUUCAAGAACCCAUUGGACUAAUGGCUCCUCGAAUUACUUAUAAUAGUAACUCUUUGGUUUCAGUUCGUCAAGGGACAUUUGCUAAACUUUGCUGUGUUGCUCAAGCAUAUCCAAUACCACAGUUCAGUUGGUUCAAAGAGGAUGCCAAUGGUGUAAAUAUACCAAUUCAAAUAAAUGCUAGAAAAAGUAACGAUAAUAAAAUUGAUAACAUUGAGAUAACCAAUGGAUGCCUUAUAAUAUAUUCAACUUUUCUGUCACAUUCUGGUCGAUACAUUUGUCUUGCCACUAAUAUUGCCGGAAGUGAGAAAGCAAUAAUCACCUUGAAUGUUGAUGUGCCAUUAACGGUAACUUUAACACCAUCGUCCCAAGUGAUUACCGAUAUUGGUAAAUCAGUUGCCUUUGUUUGCUCAGUAACCUCUUCUAGACCUGAGACACGGAUAAUGUGGCUUAAAGACGGUCGUUCACUUGGCCUUGAAAAUUCAUCGGGAGAGGUACAUUUUUUUAAUCGAUCGUUAAAAAUUUCCACACUAAAUAUACCAACAGUUUCCCGAGAUUCUCAGGGAACUUAUCAAUGUUUCGCCUCAAAUGAUCAAGAAUCAUCAAGCACCUCAUCAAUCCUACGAUUAGGUGAUAUACCUCCUCGCCUACUAGAACCACUACCAGUUGAAAUUAUCUCAUUAAAAGGUUCAACUGUUUCAUUGAGAUGCAUCAUAACAGGAAGUCCAAUACCGGAAGUGGUAUGGACUCUUGAUGAGAUUGAUCUAAUGGUUAGUUCAUCCUCUUUAACCUCGCCUACUUCCAGUAUCAUCUCAUCAUCAUCAUUAUCAAGAAAAUCAUCUUUAUCUUCAUCAUUAACAAUAAAUAAUUCUCGUCUCUCAAUUGGUGAUUAUGUAUCAAACGAAGGCAUUUUAUACAGUUAUCUUAAUAUUACCUCUGUUGAAGUUAUUGAUGGAGGUCAAUAUAAAUGUAAAGCAUUCAAUAAUAUCGGUUCAGCCGUUUCCAUGACAACUUUAUACAUACCAGGAUUACCUACAUCAAGAUAUCAAUCACCUGUCAAUAAAACUUUGGUAGCAGGUCGAGAUGCUUUGAUUAGAUGUCCGGUAAUAGGUUAUCCAAUUGAUUUUGUUAGGUGGCAACACAAGGAGCAAAAUUUACCAAUAAAUCACCGGCAAAAGAUUGAAAGACUUUCAUCUAAAGAUUAUCGAAGUGCUCUUCUUAUACAAAAUGCUCAGAAACAUCAUGAUGAAGGGGAAUACACUUGUCUAACAAAGGGUUCUGAUGGUAAACUAAUCAAAGGAACGAUACAAUUAACAGUUAAAGUGGCUCCAUUGAUUGAUAAUCAACCUUUACCUGGUUUAAUAUAUGCAAAUGAAGGUAUUAGAGUUAAGCUUGUUUGCUCAAUUAUUGAAGGUGACCAACCGGUGGACAUACAAUGGCUUAAAUCGGGUUCACCUUUAGUACCAACGGGUAACAUUUUAUUACAAAGUUCAGAUGAUUAUUCACUAUUAACCUUUAAAAAGAUUACCUUUGAAGAUAAAGGUAAUUAUACCUGUUUAGCAUCUAAUUCAAUUGAUUCAUCUACUCGGACAAUCUCACUUAUUGUGAAUGUACCACCAAAAUGGAUUAUUGAACCAUCUAAUGAAACUACCGUUAUCUCUGGUCAUCGACUAAUCAUCAAUUGUUCAUCCCAUGGGUAUCCACCUCCAAGAAUAACCUGGAAAAGGUCUAUCACUUUACCAAUCAUCAUCAAUAACAACAACAAUCUUCAUGAUAAUGUUAAUACCAUUAGUUUAACCAAUUCCAAUAAUAAUAAUAAUAAUAAUAAUAACGGUAAUUCAAUUACUGAAAAUGUUCAUACUCAUCAUUAUCAACAUCAGCAUCAUAAUACAAAUAAUAAUAAAGUUGAUAAAAUGAGUGAUACUAAUUCAUCAUCAAUCUUAUCAUUAACUGUUAAUAAUAAUUCCGAUGAUAAAAUAAAUGCUAAUAUUAGUUAUAAUCAUGGUAAUAAUUCAUUGGGUUUUGGUGGAUUAAGUUCAUCAUCAUCAUCAUCAUUGAAUCAUCAUUCACAUUCAUCUGAUUUUAAAGAUAUUUUAUCAAGUUAUCGUCAUCAUGUUUAUUCAAAUGGCUCCCUGGUUAUUCAAGAAGUUGAUAAAUACGAUGCUGGAUUUUACAUGUGCCAAGUUAAUAAUGAUAUCGGUGCUGGUUUGAGUAAAGUUGUUAAAUUAAAAGUUCUAAUGCCACCUCAUUUUGAGACAAAAUUCAUUAGCAUGGCAAGUAAGAAGGACGAUAAGACAAUACUCAAAUGUGAAUCAGCUGGUGAUUUACCGUUAACGAUUGUUUGGCAAAAGGAUAAACAACCAAUUAACUUUAACACAGAGAAACGUUUCUCAUUAAUUGAGAAAAGUUCAUCUGAUUUGAAGAAACAGGAACAUGAAGGUGGAAUCCUUUCAUUAUUGGAAAUUUAUCCAACCACCAGACAAGAUUCAGCUCUUUUCACAUGUCAGUCAACAAAUGCUCUUGGAACCGAUGACACGAAUAUUCAGCUUAUUGUCAUGGAAAAACCUGAGAUGCCAAUGAUUUUAUCAAUAACCGAUGAGACAAGUCGCUCAGCACUUAUACGGUGGAAAGGUUCAUUCAGCGGAAAUAGUCCAAUUCUUUAUUAUAUCGUUGAAUAUAUCGUUGAGAGUUCAGAAAAGGAUUGGUCUGAGGUGAAAACAAUUAAACCUGACGUUGAAUUGGUUGUAAACAAUUUAAUUCCAGUGACAACUUACAAGGUUAGGGUUAAAGCGGUAAAUGCUUUAGGUACAAGUGAACCCUCACCAGUGUCAACUUUUAAAACAGGGGAAGAGGUACCUGGUGGUCCACCUCGUGAUGUUCAACUUGAAGCAUCUGGAGCACAAUCACUUAAAGUUAAAUGGUUACCACCAAAAAAAGAGCUUCUUUUUGGUAAAAUAAAAGGUUAUUAUAUUGGUUAUCGUAUUGUAGAUACUUCAGAUUCAUAUAAUUAUAAGAAUGUUGAAAUUGAAAGUGAACCUGGAGGUGGAAAUGAAAAUGGAGAUAAUAAUCUACAAGAGUUAAGUUCAUAUAUUACCAACUUAAAAAGACGAACAAGUUAUGAAGUAAUUGUCCAAGCAUAUAAUUCAGUUGGAACUGGACCUCGAUCGGAUGAGGUUCGAAUGACAACUUUACAAAAUUCCCCACCAACUACACCGUAUCUUAAAUUUGUAUCGUCCACUUUUGAUUCAAUAACAAUCGGCUGGACAAUGGAGGAUAUGAUUGAUUCAAUUGAUACAACAAGUAAAAGAGAUUUUGUCCUUUGUUAUAAACCUGAAAAUAACAUUGAAUGGAUUAAAAAAGAGCUCAAUCAAUUAACUGUCAACGAAUUUACAAUCAACGGUUGUAAAUGUGGUACCAAGUAUACAAUUUAUCUAAUUGCCAAAAAUAGUUUAGGAAUUGGUGAACCAUCAAAAACGUUAACAGUCCGUACCAAAGGAGGUGCACCAGUUUCACCAGCAUCAAUUAAACAUUUUACUUUAAUCAAUUCAACAUGGAUACAAUUAAAUCUUGGUAAAUGGCUUGACUCAGGUUGUCCCAUUGUAAAGUAUAUAAUCAAGUAUAAAUUAAUUUCAUCGAAACAGUGGAUCUAUUUAAAUAAGUUAACCAAUCUGUCAACAAAGGUAAACACAAUUAAUGGUUUAACACCAGGUAAACAAUAUAAUCUAUCAAUAUCAACAAUUUCUGAUGCUGGAACUACUGAAGCUGAAUAUACAUUUACGACAAGUUCAAACAUGAUAAGUUCAACUUUUCCCGCCAUGAUUUCAGGUAAUAAGGUUGAUAUAAUAUCUCAAGCAUCAACUUCAUCAACUGUGAUAUUUAAACAAUAUAUAACAAUAUUGUUACCAGUUAUCAUAUCAAUUUUUAUGCUGCUCACUUUAUUAUCGAUAAUAUUAUUUUGUCUGAGACAUCAGAACUUUUUUGAUUCAACUUCGGGUAACAUGAUUAUGGAGACAACCAAUUUUGAUAGGAUAAGUUGUAAUUCAACUGGUGGAGGUUUAAAUAAAUCAUGUGGUGAUUUAAAUAGUGUUGAAGGUUUACCUUUGUCUAAUUAUUCAUCUGUAACUAAAUUUAAAUCACUCGAUGAAUCAAAUCAAUCUGCUGAUUCAGUUUCCUAUUAUUCAUCACCUAAUCGGAAAGUUCCGCUCAUCAAUUCAACUUCCGGGUUAACAUCUAUUCCAAUCGGAUUGAAAGGCUCAGGUUUACCUGGUGGAUCAAAUAAUUUAUCAUCUAUGAACAAUUGUAUCAAUUCAAAUGUUUCGGGACGUUCUAGUGUUGGACUUUUAUUGAAUAAUAGUGAUAAUGGUCAAGGCCCAGGAUCAAAUCACGAUUACAGUGAGCCUUUUGUCCAGUUCGGUCAAAGGUUACCAGCUUUGUGUUUGUCUGAGGUUUGUUCAGAUGAGAUUCAAUGUAAAGCUCAAUAUGCAAGUAUCAAAAAGAAGCCAACAAUUAGACCAUCGACACUUUUCGCCCAAUAUGAAGAUAAAAUUUGAUCAAAUUCUAAUCGAUAUCAAAUCUAAAUUGUUACCAUAGUAAAUUAACUAUUAAUAAAUUUUCUCCUUGAGAGAUUAACUUUUUUUGUGAAGAAAAACAAAUGAAUCUUUAUUGUUGUAUAUUACGAUUUACGAUUAGGUAAAUACUAAAUUUUAUGAAUAAAACUUUUUACAAUUUACCAAUCUAAAUUGAAUGAAUAUCAUUUGUUGAACUACAGGGUGGUUGACAUUUUUUUAAAGUUUAUUUCUUGGUCAAUCUUGAUGAAAGGGGUAUGUCAACCCUAA